UGCAAUUAUUUUGAGUUCAUUCUCAUUGUCAGAAUCGGAAGCAAAAUGGCGUAUGUGAAUGUAGCAGAAUGGAAACCGGACCAAGUAACAGACUGGCUAAAAGGUCUGGAUGGCAUCAUAGUGCCAUAUAUUCACUCGUUCCUCAACAACCAAGUAAGUGGACAACAGCUGCUCAAUCUCGGUCCCGACGAUCUAGAGCAUCUCGGUGUCUUGAAGUUGGGCCAUCAAGAGCUCAUACUUGAGGCUGUUGAACUUCUUAGAAACUUUCAUUAUGAGUUGGACCGAGAGACCCUGCAGUUGUUGGCACUGCGCUUGUCCUGUCUCGCCCAUAGUCUUCACAAUGAGCUUAACCGUAACCACAUGGAUGCCGUGCUGGUCGCCACCCAGACGCUUGCAGACGUUGCUAACAUUGUGCAGGCAGUGCAACCCCUGGCCUGCUGGCUAGACAGACCCCCGUUCUCAGGCCAGGUAGACUACUGUAACCGCAAGUCGGAGCUGCUGUCGCUCAGUCUGGAGAUGGCCACCUGCGCUCAGCGGGACAGGUUCGCCGAACGUCCUGUGGAGGAGUUGAGGCUCAGUUCCUCCAAGAUGGCAGUCCUUGCCGACUCCAUUGUGCGGGACAUCCAGGAUCCCCUGCUGCUGCAACCUGCCUCACUCGAGCUGGUCACACUUAAGAAACGUUCCUCUGACGAUUUGGGCUUUUACAUUGUCCCUUCUUUCCAUGGAGUCCAUCAGAUUGGAGCACUUAAAUUGAACAGUGCUGCUCAUCAAAGUGGGAAACUGGAGCCUGGCGAUGAAAUAGUUCAAAUCAACUACCAGACCGUGGUUGGGUGGCAAGUAAAGCAGGUGAUGGCACUGUUCGAGGAGUCCCCCACUGAAGUGCUACUGACUGUCAAGAAGCGACCAAGGCACACUAAGGUCUACGGACAGAUCUACAUGAAACCCUACCGACUGCCCAGCAAGAAGAGAGCAACCCAGAACUCAUUUGCUAGAUGGGCGGACAACCUCCCCUCCCCUCGGCCUGAACUGCUCACGAUACCCCACUUUGAGUUACCCAUUGCGAAAUCCGUAUCCGUUGAAUCGACUGUGAGCGUUGGUCACCUCCCGUCCAGUUCGGAGGAGGAAGGAGAAGGAUUGGAGGGAGAGGGAGCUUCCUCCCCAACAUCAGCACGCCUGUAUCUGCCCAAACCUCGGCUUCCGGUACAGAGGAGAGCUACAAUCACGGGAGCUAGUCCACUCAGCAAGCGAGCUCCAGUCAAUUUACAACAGUUUUGGGAAGAAUUAAAGCUUGAAAGAGAGUGGCGUGGAAUAGGGGGUAGUGGUGAGAAACCUAAAGUUGCUCAACUUAUUCAAGACUGUGAAUCGAGAUUGGCAGGACCGAGGAAGUACAGUAGUUUUGAUAGUCUGAAGGACCGAAAUGCAGGUUGUUUCUUGAAAGACUCCAAACCUGAUGUGGUCAGUUCUUGUCAAGACCGCCUCAAGUCUACAGGAAGUGAUGAUACCUUUAAAACGGCAGAAACCUCAGAGAGAAAAUCAUCUUGUAGUGACAUCACUACUGUGGAUAGUAUUUGUGCGAGAAAAAUAUCAAAUGGAAGUGAUGGUGGCAAGAGUGGAGACUUAUCUGAGAAAUCAACAGGGAGCGAUGAUGUUUUUAAAGUUAUUGACAGCUUAGGGAGAUCCAGUAAGAAAUCAACUGAAUUAGCAGAGACUUUCAAAGAUGAUAGUGACAGAUCGCCUUACCACCAGCCGUCACAUGUCAGGAACAAGUCGGACGACAGUGAUAGUGUUUUUGUCUCAGAUAGUGAUGCUAAAAGUGAGCCAAGUGAAGGUAAAGUGAGCUCCUUAAAGGCAAAAAUUGAAAUGUUUUCAAAGGUCAGUUCUGACCAGGAAAAGCCGAAACCUUUAGUCAACCGAGGAAUUAAGCCAAAAGUUCCGGCAAGAACGUUCAGGUUGACUCCUGAGAAUCCAGUUCCACCCAGAGUACAAGCGAGAGUUGUACCUUCAAAUGAUUCUGAAGAAAAACCAAUAGAAAUCAAUCCUUCAUAUGCUCCCAAAGAUAAAGUUUUUAAGGAAAGGGGAAAGUUAGACAAAAGUUACAGUACACCAGCAUAUGAUUUUUCUCCUGAUGCCGAAAAAAUCAGUGUUACAGAGAAAAUUAAUUUACUCAAACAGAAGUUUCUGGCAGAUUCCAAAAUGGAAACCAGGUCAGAUUCUGCAUUCGAGGACUCCAGAAGUGAUAUUGAAUCCCUUUCGGGAAAGGAUGAUGAUGUGAAGACAAAUGAUAACUCUAUAAGCACAUCGAUACCAUCAAUUUCAGAAGAGUUUGGUGAAUCUGAAAAAGAAGUUCAUGGUCAGAUUGUUGAAACUAUAAACAAGCAUCUUUUGACUCUGGAUUAUGAGACAGACAGUGAGCCUAAAUGGAAGGACAAAAAUAUAACAGCUAACUUGGAUCCAGAUCCAUUGAGAGAGUCAGAACAGAAAAUAGGUAAAAUAUUAGAUACACUUAACAUUUCAAUAAUUGAAUACAGAAAAGAAAUGGAGAGGGAGUCUAAAGUGAGAAAGUCUUCUACAGAAGGUGCUGACUUAUCAAAAACCAUAUCUCAAGUUUGUAAGGAAGAAAUACUUCAAACUUAUAAUCCAAGUGGAUUUAUGAUGAGCAAACCCACUUCUCUGGAAAACCUAUCAGAGCCUAAAAUGAAAGGCGGAGUAAUACCUGUGCCUCCUAGAGUGAGAAUCACACCUCCUACUAUUCACGAAGAAAGGCUGGGAUUACCCGAUGUGACAAUAACGUCAGCUCUGCCUGAAACUCCUAGAAGGAAGCCUGUCUCCAGCCUCGACUUUGUCGACAAGCCAAAUGUUACCCCAGCACCUGCACCUGCCACGUUCCCCAGACAGAAGGCAGAGUCUCGCCGCCCUAUCACCCCUCCAGAACCUCCACCUCGACCGACACCCCCUGCUCCUGCUGUACAACCCAAGGGGGCCUGCUAUCGUGCCAUGAUGGUAGCCAAGUCUAUCAGCAAGACGACCAAGGUUGCCAGUCCCCGUUCACUCAGAAAGAAAAAUCCACUUCUAGCAAAACACAGAAAUGUUACUCUCAAAGAUCUCGGAAUGAAUGAAUGUGAGGGUUGGCUACAGCAGAGGUGUCGCAGAGGCUCAGGACAGUGGAACAGAGGCUGGUUCGUUAUCAAAGGCACAACUUUCUACGGUUUCAAGCACAAGGAGGCAUCAAAAGCAGACGUGAUGAUAUCUCUACCAGGUUUCACUGUGUCAGAUGCAGAAGAAGUGAAGUCUCGCCGGUUUGCGUUUAAGGUUUAUCACACUGGCACCAUGUUCUAUUUUGCGGCUGACAACCAUGAGGAGAUGACGUUGUGGAUGGACUGUAUAACAGUGGCCACACGUGCACAAGACUCGCAUUCCACAACCCCACUAUUCAGUGAAUCUGAGGGAGAAGGAUCGGGAGAAGAGGGUGGGUCAGGUUCCUGUUUCCCGAGUCCAAAGAUGAAGAAACUGGCUGGAUUGUUGGGUUCACCAUCCAAAUCAAGCCCUUCCUCCAGCUCAUCUUCCACAUUGGAUAAAAAUUCUGAGUCAAGUAAGAAGUUUGGAUCACUGAAGAAGCAAAGAGGGGAGAGUGAAGGUGGCUCAAGCCUGGAUCGUAAGUACCUGGGAUUCCUGGGUAGGGGACCAGCUGUACCAGUACCGACGGCUCAGUUCCGGAGUUACCGUCGUGUGGCACCUCCCCUUCCACGAACCCUCCACCAGAGUGCUGAGAGUGUGCUUACUCUGGAUACUAGGAAGGAAGGAAGGAGCAGCGUUAGUUCAUUUGGUGAGAUGUCACAACGUAGCCCUCGUUGCUUACCUCAGAUCAGCCCAGGUGUGCCAACCACGCAGCCAUUACCUCCAGAUAUGGCAGACUACAGACUGGCUUCUCUAGCCAAGAACAGGAGAAGGGAGGCCCAGGAACAGGACACUUCAGGGUUUGUGACACUGGAAGCUCUCAUGUUGUCCAGGCAGGAGGAGGAGAGGAGAGCCCAGAAUAAUCUGCAGGCUCCACCCCCUCCCCCACCAGUAGUGCAUAGAGUGAGGCCCAGCCCUCAAGAGAACGGACGACCAGUUCAGCCUAGAGUUGCCCCUAGGGUGAUGACUCCAGCCCCUGGCCCCCUCACGCAACCUAGACCUCAACACAGCCGUUCCACCUCAGCAUUCACAGAAGAAAGAGAGAGCACUGUGGUGACAGUUGCUAGGAGGAGCAGUUUCAACACACCUUCACGACUGCAACGCCAGAUAGACCUGGACAAUCAGGAUUAUAGGGAUGGGUCACCGGAGAAGCUGUGGAUUGACUCUUUGCGACGGACAGACCGCCGGUAUCCACCCACUCCCCGCCAUAUACACCAGGUACAACCCCCUGCCCCUGCCAAGUUGAAGAAAGCAGCUCUUUACCAGCCACCUCCUGUUGCACCGUUGGAGUCACCUGGGGGAGGUGAAAGUAUGCAGUUGGCAUUUGAAAUGACCUUAGAUCAGUCUGAAGCCAAACGCCGUUACUCGAAGUUGCCGAAUACUCCUGCAUCUCGGCUGAAGAAUCUCUUUGGUGGAAGAUCUGAUCACAAUUCAUCUCAGAAAACAUUACUUGGGUCUCCACGUUUGCAUCGAGCAAUAUUUCGGGGAGCAGUGACCCGAGCUGACUCCAGUGGUGAAACCGUAAAUUCACCUCCCCUCUCACCACCACAGGAUUCUCUGGAGAUUCAGGUUACUAACCCGGCAACACCAGAUUACCCAGGUCUGGAGUAUCCGCCUGUGUUUGAACCUGGGACCUACAGUUUAGCAGAUGCUUCCUCAGUUUUGCGUCAGCGCAAUCGUGAGGCACGGUGAUACAAACCCCGGCCCUUGCGUGAGGGCCUUAUUUAGAUCUGUUAUAGGCUCCAGUCACAGGAUUAAUUAGAUUAAAUUUGUCAGCAAGUUACCAUUUAACUAUUUUUAAAAACAUUAGAUGAACAGAACAGAUUGGUUUGUUAGAAUCAUAAAAGUAAACUAAAUGCAUGAUUUUAGGGUUAAAAUUAAAGUGUAAAUGAUGCCUAUUCACUGAUAUGGUUUGGCUUAGAGUAGUUAAGAAAGGGUAGAUUUAAAACCUAACUUACAGUUGACAAAUAGAAAAACAACUAUAAGUGUUUUAUUCUGUCACAGAACUAUCUUAUCUAAAAACUGUGUGUGUAUAUAUAUAUAUAUAUAUAUAUAUAUAUAUAUAUAUAUAUAUAUAUAUCAACUCCCAAUUAUCUAGCGGGGAUGUGGACUGAGAAUAUUAGGAAAUAUACAAAAUCAGAAAACUAUACAAAAAACUUUAAAAGCGAUUAUUAACUUUAAGCUGCUUGAUUUCCACCAUCAACUUGGCGUUUCUAGUCGCAACAUUGAUAAAACUACCCAUCUCCACUUUGUCUUCCAGUAUGGCAGCUCCUCCUCGGGUAAUAUACAGUUUCAUAUUCCGUAUGCUUGGUACUGAAAGGGUCCAGCUCAGUAUUUCAAUGUGCGAGGUACAAAUAAUGCAUCAUGUUGGUGUGUUGAGGUAACUCACAGGUGGUGUCCUCCAAUAUCUUCACAACAGGAUGUACUGUUACAAUCCAGGGAUCAGCAGUUCUUCUUUGCAUGGAGUAAACAACAGGCACUUCCUUCUGGUAGAGUAGAGCGACAUGGUUGCUAUUGAUCUCGUAAUUAUUUGAAAGUACUGCAGUGUCCUUAGAAUGCUCAAUUGCAACUGGAGUGCUCGAUGGUUAGGGGUGAGUACAGUAUGAGUUCUGUGUACUGUGGUAGGAUUGCUGUUGGUGAACAAUUUUUCAGCAUACUUCUCAGUAUCCUCAUGCCAGGACGGGUUGACAACAAUUGGCCUGCUCCAUCCAUAAUUGGGUCUACUUUUAAAAUAUGAGCACUUCCACAUAAAUUUGUCAAGCAGUUGUACUACUUUCUUCACAAGACAUUCCAGCAAUUUUGCACUCCAUGAGGACAGGUCCCAUCAUCUGUAAUGGUAGUGUCCAUGCUCCCCUCUUCUCAGUAAAUAAAUCUUUGCAGAAGUUUUUCCAGCUUAACUUAAAAUUGAAAGAAUGUAUCAAAUGGGGUCUGCAACAGAACUAAAUGUUUACCACCCAAUUUCUAUUACAGUAUAUAAACUUUUUUAAAGUGUUUGAAAAGAUUGUCUUAGAACAGCUCCUACUACCUUGAGCAAAAUAACCUGCUUACAAAUCAACAAAAUGGCUUCUUGAUAGGCAGAUCAACACCCAAUGCUCUAAUACAACUUGAGCACAUCAUGGAUAAACUAGAAGAGGUAUACAUACAUACAUUGUUACCAGUCUAUUUUUAGAUUUCAGCAAAGCUUUUGAUUACGUCAAUUACUAUUUAAAAAAACUGAAUGCACUAACUAUAACAGAGAAAUCAGUAGAUUGGUUAAACAGCUACUUAAAUGGCAGGGAACAGCUUGUUUAGUUGAAGCAUAUUAUCAACAACCUAAUAGUAAAAUCAUAAUCAGCACUAUUAUAUAUACAGCAAAGAGUACCACAGGAAUCGGCCAUGGGACCAAUACUAACUAAUGAUAUGCCAACUCACUUAAUGACUAAAGAGCACUGUGUUUCCGACCACUUAGACCUAACCAAAGAAAAAACAGUCUGGGUAGUAUUCAAAACCAAAAACAAGAAUACAGAUACAGGAAUGGCUGGCAUUGACUGUAAAACUAAUGUAAAGUAUCUCGGGAUAGUAAAUGACUUCAGUUUAUCUUGUAACCCACAUGUGAAUCAGCUAUGCAAAAAACUCAGUUCAGGUACCUUUCUCAUAUAUAGACUCAAGCAAGUAUGUACUCCAAAAGUAACAAGAAAAGCCUAUUUCACCUUUCUUAAAUCUCAUGUAAGACAGGAAAUGCCUUCUGGAAAGAAAAAAUUUCACAAAUUAAAAAAAAGUUCUCAUUUAAGAAAAAAAGAGCUGUUAGAUACCUAGCAUGUCUUGAAUACCUGGAUACUUGGAGAGAGCUGUAGAGCAGUAUUUAUUGAACUUCAAAUUCUAACUGUUGUGGAACGUCAUAUAUGGUUAUUCUUCACACAGUCAACUUUAAAUUCAAAACAUGAAGACAUUCACCACUAUAACACAAAGACAGAUCUCAAACUUUGUCCUACCACUCCAUUACUUAAGUCUGUACAGCAAACAACCAACAUGUGAUGAAGCAAAGCUGUUCAAUCUAUUGCCAGAAGAAUUUAAAAACACACAUUCACAACAGCUGAAGAAGUGAUUGGCUAAGGCCUUAGUACUCAGUGGAUGAAUGUUUGAAAGAAGAAACUAUUUUUUACUCCUGACUAUUUACGUAUCAAUAUGACACAUGUACUAAUAUUCAAGAUUAUGGGAUCGCUAAUGCUUUGAUGUGGCUAACUAGGGUCUAAAAAACAUUUCAUUCCCUACUUAUUCUUUUUUCACAUACAGAGGUCACAAGGACUCUGUCAUAUGUCCCACCUUGGAUAGUUUGAAUAUGUCUAUAAUAUCAGGAUUGCAGGAUCUUCAAUUCCAACCAUCUACUCUCAUUCCAAUGUUUCUUUCUAUUUAUGAAGCUACUGCCAUGGUGGUGGUUAUUAUUUUGUAACUGGUUUUCGAUUUACUGAUAAAAGCUGCAAAACAAGAUGUGUGACAUCAAACUUUAAUAAAAGGUAGCAUUUCCAAUUCCCCUUUUUCUUUUAUAGCUAUCUUGGCUCCAGAUUUAGAUUUUGGCUACAAAUAUUUUAAUUUUGUGGCUUUGAAUAGUGCUUAAUAGUAGUCAAUGAAGUCUCAUUGUUUUUCUCAGUUGUUGUAAUCAUUAUUUUUUCUGACACAUUCUUUGUGUUGAACUAUUUUUAGAACAAGACUAAUAUUAUGAAUGUUUAAAUAGGUUUCUUUGUAGUUUUAAAUCUCAAUUGGAAUACACAUAUUUUAACAAUUAUAACAUAUUGUUUUACUAUUAUUAUUAGGUGUUAAGUUUGUUCGAAUCACCUUCUUUUGUUGUAUUACAAACAGGUUGUUUUAGAUAGAUGAAUCAAGCAGGAAGUGUAUCCAAUUAACACAGGAAUGAACUUAGCUGGAUAUGAAUUUAAUCUGUAUGGUAAAUAAUUGUAGAUGUAGAUAUUUCAUAUCCAAGGUCAUCCAUGACAAAGAGAUUGUGAAGAGAUAUUACAGUAUUGUGGAAAAAUAUUGGUAAAUAACAUAACUCUACCAAACUGCAUAAACACAUUAAAGAAAUAGAUGUCUGUUUAUUCCUGUGCAUUUAUUAUCAGUUUAUUAUAAACAUUUACUUUUCAUAGCAAAACCUUUCAUGAUGUAGACGUUCUAUUUUUUUUCUUUUUCCAUCAUUUAUUUGGGAACUGAAAUUAAAUAUUUUAUUAUUAUCAUCUCAGACUGUAAGAUGAAGACUUUUUACUGAAGUAGGCUUCCCAGACCGUUUAUGUUGAUGUUUUUUAGAUCCCAAAAAAUCACAUUCUACUCCAUAAUAGUAUGUGAAAUAUAACUGAUUUGAAAUUAAAAUGGUUCCUCAUGUGUUAAACUGAAAUAAAAGCCAGUAGCAAUAUUGUUUAACUUUUGAACCUCCUAACAAUGAACACAGAUAUUAUACACCUUAAAUGUCUACCUACAUUCAAAAUUAUCAUAGACCUCCAAAGAAUUGCAUUCUAUGAUGUCUUCUCGCUAAGAUUACUAUAGACUUGGUAUUUCUUCUCUUUGGUCUAAAAUAGUUCAAGUUGUACUGGAAUUGUUUAUUUAAAUAUUAUGGUAUGUAGCAGAGUAAUUUAAGUAUUUCAUUGUUACUUAUAAAAACUGUUUCACUGUCUGACUUCACGGCCCCAAAACUUAAAAUUCCAGUUAUUCUGAAAUGGAUCAAGAGAUUUGAAUAUCUUUCAGUGAUCAUCUCUUAAUUCCUUGAGUGUUAUUAUAGCAUUAGAAAGGAUAUUUCUAUAACAUGCAUUGUAUCCAGUAGAGAAUCAUGUGCAAAGCUGAGGGUAACUAUUAGUUAAUAAUAUUUCAGUUGUCACAAAAUCUACCUACUUCUUCCGAUUGAGCUGGAAGGAAUAUUUGUAUGUAUAUUCACUUGAUCUUUGAUCAACUUAGUUUUUGGUCAUGAAUAAUUAUUGUUCCUUUAGUUACCUCGGAUAAUUGGGAGUUACUGUAAACCUUAUACAGCCAGUACUAAUUUUUACAUGAUUACCAUAGUGUUGAAAUUAUAAAAGUUAUAAGCAAAUGAAAGAAACCUGAGGAACAAGUCAAAACUUUGGUGAAUAUAAUAUAUUAAUUAAAUCGGUAACUCAUCAUGCACUAUUAAAUCUUCUAGUGCACAAAUUGUAAAACUUUGUUUCUUUUAUGAAGCAUAGAAUGAUUUAUCUAAUUUUUGUAUUGAAAUGGAAUAAUAUUCAACAAGGCAUAGCUAAUAUUUAAAUAAAUAGUUCUGAUCAUAAAACAAAUGCUUUCAACUCACAUUUAAAUUCUUUCAUUAGUAUGAAAAUCAAAUGGCUGAAUAUGUACUAUAAUUUUCAAAAUAAAACAAUACCUAAUUUUACACAUUUAAGUGGUAUUGACUUUAUACAAUUUUGACUAUUUAGUAUCCAUGAAAAAUACUAUAUAGUAAUGCAUUUCACAUUUAAAAUAUAAAUUACAUAUUAAAGAAAAAUAUCUAUUUCUAGUGUAGAAAUUAUAGCAAAUGUUAUAUUAUUUACUGUAUGUUAUUCUAAUAAAUAAUACAAGUAAAAGCUGUAUAGAGUGGCCAAAAUAAUAAAAUAUCUAAAAAAAAUUAUUUGACACUUAGCCAAGAAUUAUUUAUACUUAUUUAGAUUUACUGAAGCAAUUGCUAGUAAUGUUUUUUCCAGUUUUUAUUCAUAACUUAAUUCUAUAAAUGUAUACGUAAUACCAUAUUUUAAAAUUUGUUUGUAAAUAUUGUAACUUAUGUGUUGUGAUUAAUGGGAGUUGUGUAAAUAUGUCUUAAAAUAUUAGUGCAUUGUUUAUUGUAUAUUUAAAGCUUUAUUCAUUUUAGGCAAUAAUGAUUUUAUAAAGACAAUCUUAAAUUAAGUGGAUAGCAGCCAGUAAGUUGAUAGCUAUAAGUGGGAUACAGUAUGAUUAUCAAAUUUUAAAUUUAAUUAUUACAUAUAAAAAAUUGAUAUUUUUUCAGAAAAUGCUAAAUAUAAUGGAUACAAAUAUUCAAGGAAUGAGUUAAUGUACCAUCAUCCGUGACUAACAGUGUUUCAUUGUUAAAAUAUUGAAGUAAUACAUUUUUCCAAGUGAAUUUUACCAACACAAAUGAUAAUUUAUUCAGUGAUAACUAAUACUGGCUGCUUGGUUGGCACAUUGAAAGACUCGCCUGUGCCGUGCCAAAUGUGUGUUCCUGGAGUUGUAAAUUACUUAACACCAACCCGAUAGAUAUUUACCAAGAAUCUAUGUCUUUCAUCCUCAUGUUGGUUAAUUAUUGAUGUUUUAUUUUUAAUAAAAAGUUGAACUAUUCUUGUCUAUGUUGGUGGAAAGUCUAUCACUGUUGGAUAUGUAUAAAUUUAAUUAAAUUUGUGCGUAAAUGCUUUAGAUUUGUUUGAAUUAAUUUCUAGUUAGGUUAUACUAUAAUAUUUAUAUAAAUAUUUGGGAUUCUACAAAUAAUUGUGGUUGUAAGGUUUUAGGGAAAUAUUAGGUUUAGUGUUUAUUGGGCUGUAUAUUGUCCUUUUAUCUUUUUAUUUUGUAAAAUAUUGAAUAAAAAUAGAUAUCAGUGAGUUAUACCUUUUGUUAAUAGUGUUAGGUAUGAUUUUAAAAUUAGUUGAAUGUACUGCUUUUAUUUUAAUUUUAUAAUGUUUCAUCUGUUAAUAGUUUUUAUUUAUUUUUUUUAAUUGUAAGGAUAAUCAUUGCUUUAAUAAGGUGCUAAUAAGUUUGUUUCCAUUCUAGCAUUAUUGAUAUAAAUAAGCAAUUCUUAAAAGACUUCUUUAGCUUUAGUUUAAAAAUAUAAGAUAUUGUUUAUGGUGAAGUCUGGCCUGAGAAUGUGGCUAACUACCGGUGAAUCAUCCUGAUGGGUGUAUUUAAUUUUAGCACAAAUAAGCAACAGUUUUAUUAGUAGUGGUAGGUGGAAUAAAUUAUAUUGCUAUUCAGUAUUAUUGGAUUUACAGCUAAUACAUUUUUUCGUGAGACAGUUAAUUAUAUUUUUGCAGAGCUAAAAUUACAUAACACGGACUUAAUUAAACCAAAAAAAUUCAUUUGUUUAUGAUUUGAGGUUAAUAAGUACAUCUUACACAGCCUUUGUUUCAAAGAACAAAUAUAAAAAAUCGUAAUCUACGUGGUUUUCCUCAGGAAGUGGUUUCAUAUUUGAUACGAGGAUAAUCAGGCGACCUCAUGCGUAUCCUAUGUUUUAAUUACAUAAUCAACAUUCUGAGUAUGUUGUAAAUUUGAAGAAAAUGUGUCAGGAUUAAACCAUUCAUAUAUUUAGCUAACGCUCAACUUGUUAAGGGGAGGAUGUACCCUUUAUGCAUUGUUUGUUAUAAUAUUUUUUUAGUUAACCCAUUGUGGAUCACUGACAAGCUGUGCUCGUCACGCAGCCGGGCCUAAUGGAACGAUGACGAGCUCAGGUCGCAAAAGCGGUCUUCUUUUAAUUUUCCCUCCAAAUAGUUCUAUUAAUGUCUGAUAGAUUGGGCGAUCGUCUUCACUUGUCAAUUAAGAGUGUUUAACAACGGUCUACGUUCAGAGGUUUCAAAAGUUUUAUAAAUAACCUAAAGAUUGCAGUUGUAUGUUGAAGUUGAAAAAUCAUUCAUAUGAGUUUACUCUCUGCUUUUUAGCGUUUCUAAUUGGUUGUUUUCCUCAGAUGGUAUUAUAAUAGUAACUAGUAUCGCAUUUUAUGGUAUAAUUUGCUUGUCAUAAUAUGAGCUGAUCUAAAUGGAAAACUUACGAUUGUCUGAACUUGAUCGAUAUUUAUUAGAGAUAUUUAUUACAAUAGUUCAUAAACAAUAUAUUGUAAUUAAUUAUUUGUUUUUAAGAAUAUAGAUGGAGAUAUUUUUAUAAAUCGGAAUCCAGUUCAACGUAGAUAUGAAGUGAGUAUACAGUCGCGAGCGAUACAAUGUGGCGCACCGUUGCUGUUCGUUCGGCCGCUGACCGUAAAUUAAUACGUGCCCACGCGCCAAAACAAUACGAUCCACAAUUGGUUAAUAAUUAUCUGUUAUUUGAUAUCUUUUUAUUAAACAAAAAAUUAACAUAAUGCAAAUGUAUGAUUUUAUUACAUUAGUUCUUAUAAUGUCUACUUAAUGUAUAAAAAACAGCUUUUGAGAAAUCUAUUUUAAAGUUUUAACAGACACUGCACUAUUACAUUAAGACCCAACAGGGCAGUAAAUCUCAAAUCUUCAUGUUUCUCUUGUAAUGUUUUUAAAAUUCCUUGAACUAGAAGUUUUUGGCAUAAGCCCUGGUAGGGUUAUGUCAACUAGGCUAACAUUACUUUUGUCUUUAAUAUGUUGAUUACCACUAGCAGAAUUUUUGUUACAACUUUUGUUAAUACUAGGCAUUGUUUCCAAUUAAUAAGAGCUCACUCAAAGUUGCUGUAAACUAUAAAACUUACAUAAACACUAUACCUGCAAGUUACUGCCACAAAAAUAGAACAUAACUGUACUGGUAAACUAUAAUAUCUACAUCAGCUGUUGCUUUUGUUGCCUGUUGAAAUUGUAAAAAUCAUUGUGUAUGCUUUUCUGCUACCAUGAAUACCAACUACAGAAACAAAAUAAAUUUGUGAUUAUUUGUGAAUGUUUAUACAAUAUGAUGAAAAAUUAAGUGCCCAAGGCAAACGUGACACUAUCAGUUUAAAUAUGAAGGACCUAAUUGUAAUGCAGACUUAAUUUCAAAUAAAUUUUACACAAAUAUAUAAUUAUAUCUAAGAUGUGUACUUAAAGGAAAAUAUAUGGAGAAUUUAAAAUAGUAUAUUUCCCUAAUUGAUGUUUAUAAAUAUAAAGGUACAUGCUUCCCUUAAAUGUACCUGCUAAAUUACAUAUAGGGUUUAAUUGUAAAUUUUUUGCAAUUACAGGAUAUCUUGAAAAUUCAGAUUGAAAAAUAAGUGGCUGUUUGCCUGCCUCUAUUGUCUGAUUUUUACAUUUAAAAGAUGUUUUCAUUAAAAAAAAAAUCAUAAACCUUUAGUUUCCUUAAAUUUUAUUUAAUUAACAACAUAAUUUUCUCAUAAAUGAAUAAAAAAGUGUUGUCAAUCCCUGAAACUAUAAAUUUAAACAAACUUAUUUAUAUAUUUAAUAAAAUGAUAUUGCAAAUUUUAAUUUUCAGUCAUUUUCAUUUAGGUCUGAUUAUAAAAUGGCCUUUAAAUACCUGUAAUUUCACAUGGAUUGAUCACACCAUAUUGAUUUUCAUAGAAAGUACCUUGUGUUUAGAAUCCAUAUUAACGUUGAAAUUUUAGUAUAUUUUGAUUUAAGAAUCAGCUCCAAAAAGUCUCAGUUUUAUGUAAGGCAUUUCCACAAAGUUUAAACAGUAUUUUUUUAACACGGUUUCUGCAAAUCCUUAUGCAGUUAAUGUAGUUGGUGACGCAUUUAUCCAAAUCUACAAUAUCAUCCUGUCCGUGACAAUAACCCAUCACUUACCACCAAGUUUACACUUGUAUGCAGGAAUAAGGUAGCCAGAUGGUUGUACAUUUGGACUGUACAGUGGUUGAUAUAACUGUUAACUACUGAACUGGUUUAACUGAAUAUCACCAGCAAACAAUUCCUUUGAGCAUUCCUCUCCUAGUGUGUUGAAUUGCACGCCAAGGUUAUAAACCGUUCUAGUUCUAUAGAUAAAUACAUAAAAAUCUCUUGCGUCUAUAGAUAAAUUUUGUCUGACUUAACGUUUUGUGUAACAUGAUUCAGUUAGUGGGUUUAACGAUGUUUUCGUUCUGGCUGCAGUAAAGAUCAAUGUAGCAGCAUGAAAACUUGUGGGCGAUUGAGGAACGGUGAUAACUUCCUCUCAAGACAAGCCUCAUAUUACGAUGUUUGUCUUGUUAAGUAAAUAUAGUGUUAAACAGAUUUUCUGGUUGGAGCUGAGGAACAUUCACAUUUUGUGUUUUGGUUCGAUUUAUUACUGGGUUUUAAUUGUGACACGUCAUUUAUAUUAAUUACCAUAUGUUUUGUGCCAUUCAAACUGUUCAGCGUUUAGUUUUACUUUAAUAUGGUUGUAUAUUUUUUUCACUGCUACAUUAAUAUUACUGGUUUUAAUACAUACUAUCUUCUUUUAAGAUCUUUCACCUUGUAGUGCUAAUUUAUUAUUGGAUGUUUAUUUAACAGAUUUAUUAUAAAGUUGUAAGUGCUCGUUAGGACUACAUUAGUUAAAUGAAACUUUACAAACUCUGUUGUACAGGUAAUUACUGUUUAAGCCAAAGACACAGUGCAUAUCAGAAGCACAGAAUUACGACAAUACGCUUCAUAUACUCUAUUGUAGUGAUCAUGUGUUUCAAGUCUCUAUUGAUAUUGUUUCUUUUAUCUUUAUUUGGUGAUAGCUUAAAAGCUGAUGAGAGGCAGUAGAUGAGAUGAACAAAGGAUAUCAUUAUACAUUGUUUUAUUUAUUUGUUGUAUUUUGUGCAGUUUUUUCUUAUCAAGUUGAGAGGUGUGUUUGCAUACAUAUUUUAGUACAAUAAACCAAUUUCCUAUUCUA